AUGAGCACCAAACUUUUCAUCGGAGGCCUUUCGUGGAACACCACGGACGAGUCGCUCCAGCAGGGAUUCGCCGCGUUCGGUGAGGUCACAGAAGCCAGAGUCAUCAUUGACCGCGAGACCAACCGUUCAAGGGGUUUCGGCUUCGUCACUUUCUCUGACGAGGAGGCUGCCAACAAGGCUAUUGCUGAGAUGGAUGGUCAGGAGCUCGAUGGUCGUCAGGUCCGAGUCAACAAGGCCGAGGAGAAGGCUCCCCGAUCCGGUGGUGGCCGUGGUGGCUUCGGUGGUGGUUCCAACAACUGGCGCAACUAG